AUGGCGCCUGGAACCAAAGACAUGCGACGGGCGGACCUGAUCGUCCCGUAUCAGGAACCCGUCGUCAAGGGCGAGGUGACGGAUUUCUCGUCGACAAUGUCCUCGACGCUGCCCAUGGCGGCCAUGUUCAUGCGCAACAAGUUUGUCGGAUGGAUCGCCGUGGUGUUUUCCAUUCAGACGUGGUUGGGCGAGAGCGAGGAUAGCAAGAAGAGCAGCGGGACGCCUGGGUACUUUUCCGUCGGCAUGUCUCGU